GUUUGAAUAAUAAGUUCACGGUGUCACCCCGUGGGGUCUCAAAAUCACCAAAUCGUACGAGCGGGACCCGCCUCCCCCAGUUGUAGUUAAAGGUCCCUUUUGCCGACCGCCUCUCCUGCACAUUCAGGUGGACACAGACGUCCUGACCGAGAUACAAACGAUGUUGGCCGGUAAAUCGUGCAUUGUUUUGACCACGCUGACGCUGCUGCUGGCUGUGGGAUGGCUACCCGUGGCAGUUCCCGAGGUUGCCGGUGGUAUGGACGACCAGACCUUCCUCUACUUCGCCUACGGUAGUAACCUGCUGAAGGAGCGUCUCCAGCUCCGAAACCCCUCGGCCACCAUCCACGCCAUCGCCAGCCUCAAGGACUACAGGCUGGUAUUUGGCAACCAUAAGGGGCUGGCCAGUGACCGGUGGCAUGGGGGGGUGGCAACGAUCGAACACAGUGUGGCCGACGAGGUGUGGGGGGUCGUCUGGAAGAUGAACGUGUCAGACAUGGAGUCGCUGGACAGGCAGGAGAGCGUUGGGUUGGGGUUAUACAGUCCAGCGAAUGUGUCCGUGCGGACGUCAGAAGAGGAGAUCAGCUGUCGCACCUACAUCAUGAACAGCUGCGUCUACGCACCGCCCUCUCCACAGUACCUCAAGGUGAUCGUGAUGGGUGCUGAACAGAACGGCCUGCCCAAGGACUACCAGGAGAAACUCCGGAGCAUCGAGACCAACAAGUACGCAGGCGCGUUACCCGUCAUGGAGGAGGUGGAAAGAGCCAUGAACAUAUCCAGGGAGGGGGACAACCAGGAUGCCUAGCUGAACACACAUACACACACACACACACUCACACACCCACACCACGCACACACAGACACACAUACACACACACACACACUCACACACCCACCCACACACACACACACACACACACACACACACACACACACACACACACACACACACACACACACACACACACACACACACACACACACACACACACAUUAAAAGGGGCCCUCAUAGACUUUGCCCUAAUCCUAUAGAUGAAAUGUAAAUGAAGGAAAUAGCCUGAAGGUCACUAAUACGUCUGGGAAGUCAAAGGGCUUAUGCACACAUUUCAACACUUUUUUUUUCUUUGACAGAGGUUACCAUACCUCUGAAAGCACACUUGUCUUAGUCACUAUUGCUUGGUUAGCACCGGCAGUGUAUUCUGCUUUUCGUAUACAGACAUAGAAAAAAUAAAAGCCUUGUAGGAUGCAUCUGUA